UAUUUUUUUCUAUUUUCAGAAAGGAAAUGAGUUUUUGAAUAAUAUUAGUUCUUGAAUACUUCCCUUCCCUUUAGCCUAACCUGGACUUUCACAUUAGAUCUGCAAUUUGAGUCAUUAAAGCAGUUUUUGGGAAAUUCUCAGGGAUGUGUUCUUGAAGAAUGGAGCGAGCUCAUUUCAGUCAUAUUACACAGACAAGGUCUUCUGUAAUAGUCAGGAAACCUAACUUUACCCAACAUUUACAGCCAAGGCCUGUGGACUGUAUUGAAAAGGAUCCAAACAGAGAAACCUGCCAAGAAAAUUUGCAUUCUUGUCUAAAUAAACAUUCAUCAUCAGAUAACCAAGAGUUGAGUCAACAGGCAGCAGGACUAGAUCUAAAUACAGGAACCGGUGGUUAUCAAGAACCUUUCAUCCCCUCACCUGGGAUAACUUCUGUGCUUCAUCAUAAAAGCUCUCCCAGUCCUCAUUCUGAAUCUAAGUUGCAAUUAGACAAUGGAUCAACUCGUCUAUCCCAAACUUUCCAAAAUAAUAGCUCCCUGGAUGAUCAGAGAAAUACCAAAAACCGGAGUCAAGCGCUGAACUGCAAUGAAGAAAAUAAGUCGCAAUCCAUGUGGCACAAUUCCGAUGGUUUAGAUGAACACACGAAUAAGCAGAUACUUGACAUCAAAUUCAAUCUAAUGAACAAGGAAACAGCAGCAUCCAAGUUUGAAUCAUAUAACACUAAAAAUAAGAAAUCAAAUAAAAUCAACGAAGAAAAUUUUAAUCCUCAAGUUUUAAAAUUAAAUGAAUGCAAAUUUGCUGAGCAAAAACAGUUUGACACAUGCACCAAUGUCAACCAAAGGACUAAUUUUGACACCAACAAUCAUGGCUCUAACAAUCAUGGCUGUAACAAUCAUGGGUGUUGUGGAUCAAGAUCUGGGCCUAACCAAUAUGAAUUAAGUAAUAAUAUUAAUGGGCCGGGCUCAAUACAUGACACUGAAUAUAGUUGUAUCAGAUCUAGAAGGUUUAUGUCAGAGGAUUCCUGUGCAAGAUCAGAGAAGAGCUCAGUUAGAUAUUUCAAUGCUAGUGAAAAGGAGUCACCAUUUUUCCAGUAUCCGCUACAUCAAUCAGGAAAGGGUCAAGAUCUUCAUCAUGGUCCUCGACUCACUGUGGACCAAACUUUUCUAAAACAUUGCAAUGGGCCAAGUUCUCACCAGCGUUACCAGCAAAACACAGCCAAUAAGCAAUUGCCAUCUAGUCAUCAAUUGUUGAAGGUUACUCAAAGUCCAGAACAGUUCCUGAAGGGGACUUCUGAGUAUCUUGAACCAGCAAACAAUCAAGGUAAUCCAAGCCAUCGAAGAAUGUCAGUUCAGUACAGCCCUGAGAUAUGCAAUAUGGCAUCAAAUCAGUAUGGAUUCUCACAAAUGACAAAUCAACAUGACAUGUUUCAAAUGAGAAUGCAUCAACACAAUUUAGCUCUCAUGUCUACCAACAAUCAAGAAAGUUCAAGAGUACAUCACACAGAACAACAGUUAACACCUCUCCCUGGUUUGCCAGCUUUUCCUUUCUGUAACACGAUGGGAAGUACUUCUUCUCUACCAUUGGAACAAACUCAUAAACUGAAAAAAUUACACCAGCAUCAGCAACACUUACUUCAGAAGAUGUCUGCCAAUGGGAACAAAUUUGCAAUUAAUAACGAUCUCGACAGAAUCUCGGCAAUUUCUAAUAAUCCUUUCUUUGGAUUUGUAAAUCCUCCUGUGUUUGGAUUUAAUGGCCUACCGCUAGGCUUAAGAAACUUUUCCCAAAGAUCCAUGAAUAUUCCUGAAUAUUCUCAUCAAGCGGGCAAGGACCAGAGACCCAUUUCACCCAGAUCUAAAACAAACAACUGGGACUGGAAGGAAAAGUCCAGGUAUAGUACUGGUGAAUGUAGUCAUUUCCAAAAUAACCACUCUGGUAAAUGCUCUCAGCCUACCAAUCCAUCUCACAAUCCAUCCCCCACCAACACUUCAGAAUCUCAGUCCUGCGAGCAAACUUCUUGUGUACAUAUUCAACUUCCAGAUCAAGGUUCAAAGCCAGGCCUAGAGGAAGUUAACGAUGCUGCUGGUCAAUCAGAUUCUGAACCACAAAAUAAGGACUACGAAAACAGUGGAGGUAGUAAGAGGAAGCAUGGUGUAGAGGAUAUUAAUCCCAACGCAAACAAGAUUAAAAAAGGAGUUCCAUCAGAGGAAAAGUCCAGGAGCAAUUUAGAUUCGGAGAGUGAGUUUUCUUGUGUUCCUGUUCUGCCGGGAUUAGAAGACAUAAAGCGGGAAUCUUUAUCACCCGCUCAAAUAAACCAGGAGUUUCCCUCAAGAUUGCGAAAACAUCACAGUUCACCUUCCUCUGCCAAGGAUACCUCCUCGGAAUACAAACCUGAAAGGCCCAACAGUGUUCCAGAUGGAGGAAUUAAAUUCAACUCUGAACACUUACCUCAACUUGAAAUUGAUCCUUCAUUCUUUGAGGUGAAGCUGGAGCCUGAUUAUCCAUCUCCUACAGAUGAUCUCCCUGCUGCAACUAGACGUAAUAUUAUAUCUCCUCUACGUGAAUCGCAUGAAGACUACCCUUAUGACGUCACUAGGAACGAUGAACACUGUCGACCUGAAGCAACCAGACAAUUGUCGGUUUCUUUCAGUUCCAGUGACCUGGAAGCUGGAAGUCUGGAACUGAAGAAGGAUGAUAAUGUCCUUGCACGACCGGGAACUGUCAGGAAGAGGAGGAAGAAAAGUGAGAUUGAUAAAAACGAGGACAGACGACCCAUUAGUGACUGCAACGUUUGCGGAGACAAAGCUAUUGCACAUAUGCACUACGGAGGGAUAUGCUGCUACUCCUGUAAGGCAUUUUUCCGAAGAGCAGUACAAAGCGGAAAGGAUAAGAAGUAUCUGUGUAAAGGGGAGGGACACUGUCCUGUGUCUGUACAUAACAGACGUGGCUGUCAGAAAUGCAGAUUUGAGAAAUGUCAAGAGAUCGGGAUGGUUUCUACCUGGGUUCUGUCAGAUGAGCAGUGUGAACAAAGGUUUGGAAAGUCUAAGCUGAAAAGAAAAGGCGGAUAUGAUUAUACACCAAAAAAACUAAAGGAAGAGUACACAGUACAAAUGCACAAACACAAGCCCUUGGAUGAUAUGUUUUACAAACUAACGGAUACAGAUGAACUAUCUAUUGAAUACAUGAGCUGUGUGUAUGAGGCUAGUAAGGAGAUGAUCUCCUUCUCUGAAGAGAACGAGGUUCUAUGGUCUAAACUGUUCCAGGAGUCAAAUGCUAAGAAAUCCUAUAGUUCUACAGAGAUGAGUGGUUUGAUUCAGACAGUUAUAAAAAAGAACAUUUUCUUUCUGGAAGCUAACUCCUACUUUAAGAAGCUGGAUUUUGACGAUAAGAGAGAAAUCUUAAAGAAAAACAUGACAGAGAUGGGUCAGCUUAGAGGAGCUUUAAGAUUUGAUCCACGAGAUAAGAAGUUUGUUUGGUAUUUUAACCAGAAGGAUAAACCAAAGGUUGCCUUUCAUGUCAACGAAGAUACCAAGAAAAUUGAUGCUGAUGAUCUCGGAAAGUUCUACAAGUCAAAGGAUGCUGUCUCAAGCGUGAUGAAAACCAUGGAGCGCAUCGUUCGCGAGCAGUUGUCAAGCGAAAUUAUUCUAAUUCUCAUGCAUGUCGUUAUCUUCUCUGCAGAUGGACUUGAAUUGAACAAACCUGAGUUUAUAGAGAAUGUGCAAAGCAGCUACUUCAAUCUUUUAUACAGGUACUGGAACAAGGGUGUCUAUAUUUUCGAAGAUAUGGACGUGAAACUGAAAAAUUGGGAAAAAG